AUGAAAGUGAUUACCAUUUUGUUUAUUUUGUUCCUUUCUAUUGAUUGCUAGAGCAGACUCAAAGAAAAAAUAGAUGAAAAUGAUGGUCUAUUAUUAUUGGAUAGAAACAAUUACGAUUAUGCAAUUGCAAAAUAUCCAAAAUUAAUUGUUCUAUUUACAACAUAUGGUUGUAAUUUGUGCUUAAAGGUAAAAUCCACUUUCAUCGAAUUGGCGAAAAGAUUAAAAGAAUACGAAAUAUAUGUAGCUGAAGUAAUAGCAUGUGAAAAUCGAGCACUUUCAAUUAGAAUGAAUAGUUAAUCAUAUCCAGCUGCUUAUUUGUAUAAUGAGGGUGAAAAAUCUGUAUUCCCUAAUGAUGAAGACUUGGAAUUAUUAUUCGAGUAUGCGUUACAAAAUCAGUACGGCUUAAUCACCUAAUUGAAUUUAUAAAAAGAAAUUGACUUAUUCAUCAAAAGGUCCAAUAUUGCAGUCCUAUCCUAUUAUACUACUAAUGAGAUAGCUGAUAUUGCCAUAAAAAUGCCUUAAAUUAAAUUCGGCAUAAUUAAUCAAUAGAUCAACCCUAAACACCAUGAAGCCUUUAUAACCAAUAAGGCUUUCCCUAAGGAAAUAUAUUUUAAUGGAAAACUAGAAGAGUUUUAAGAUUUCAUUGAAAAAAAUGCGUAUCCUUUGGUGUUUUCUUUGACUGAGGAAGAAUUUAAAAAAGCAGAAGCUGAAGAAAUUCCAUUAAUUGGUAUGGUGUUGAAUCCCAAUCAAUUUAAUGACUAUAUAAAAAGUUAUUAUGAGAUAGUUGCAGCUGAAUUCAAGGGUAAGUUGAGGUUUGUGUUGAUUGAUACAAAAAAUGAGUUGACUUUAAGAAGGUUCUAAUAUUUUGUUGGUCAAUCAUUAGAAUACAAGAGAAUUUACUAUUAUAAUUUUUAUACAAAGUUUACAAUAAACUUGCCAUAUGAUGAAGGUUCAAUUCCUACAUUCAGAAAGAUAGUUGAAUAAAUAUAAAUAUAUUAGGAACCAUUUUGGGAAGGAGAUGGCUAUGUUCAUGAUUUGACUCCUUUAAACUAUUAGAUAUAAAUUAAUCAAAAUCCAAAUCAUGUUAUCUUAUUUAAUGAUAUGAAUGCUUGUGAUCUAUGCUUUGGUUUUAGUGAUGCAUUUUCUGAUUUAUCAAUUAAAUAUCAACACAGAAACAAUUUGGUUUUUGCAAAGUAAAACAGAAGUGUAAAGCCAAUAAGGGAAAUAAUAGUUGAAGAAGUACCUUCUGUUUAUAUCUAUUUGAAAUAAGAUGGACUGGUGAAUUUGGUGAUAUACAAAGGAGAAUUGUCAACAGAGGCCAUUUCCUUAUACAUUGAAGAACAUAUUCCAUUUACUAAAUUUUAGUCAGGGUCAUUUCCUUAAACAUCCGGUAACGAAAUAAAUAAUACAAAUUUUGAUAAAUUGAUUUUGAAUAAUGACAAACCAGUGCUUUUCUUAUUUUAUUCCCCAAAUAGUGAACACUCCAAAGCAGCUAACCUCUUAUUUGAAUAAUUAACUCCUCUUUUUUAAGAUAAAUUAAUAUUCUGUAGAACAGAUGCUACAAAGCAUUAAUUUGAAGGAUUUAAUAUGAAUUCUUAUCCUUCUAUAUUUUUUAUUAGUGCAAAAGGAAGAGAGAUUAUAAAAUAUGAUUCAUAAUAGAGAUCAAUAGAAAAAUUAGUAGAAUUUAUCAAUGAAUAAUUGAGAAUAAAAAAUAAUUACGGAACUUUCAUCAAUAACGGAAAAGUAAUAGGUGUAACCUCUGAGUCAUUCCAGGAUAUUGUGAUAAAGAGUAAGUAGCAUGUUCUAGUGAAAUUUUAUGCUCCUUGGUGUGGACAUUGUAAGAGUAUGGCUAAAGAGUUUGAGUAGUUGGCAACAUUAUACAGAGGGAGUAAGGAUGUGUUGAUAGCGGAGAUGGAUUGGACUCAACAUCAGGUUCCAACUGUAAGUAUUGGUGGAUUCCCAACGUUAAUUUUAUUUUAUAAAGAUGGAAAUUCAGUGGAAUAAAUAAAAUAUAAUAAAUAAAGAUUAGCAAAUCAGAUGAAAUAAUUUAUUGACGAAUUAAUGAAUUAACAUGAUGAAUUAUGA